AUGGAGCGAGGGCCGGUGAUGGCACCGGCGGCUGGGCCGGGGGCGGUCGUGGCGGGGUCGGCCGCGGCGCUGGCGGCGCAGGAGGAGAUGCGGUGGCGGCAGCUGGACAGCGGCGUCAGCGCGGUGUCGUUCGGGUUCGUGGCCACCGCCAUCCUCGUCUCCAUGUUCCUCGCCAUGGCCAUCCUCGAGCACUUCCUCCGCGCCCCGGCCCACCGCGGCCCCGUUGGGAUGGGGGCGCCGCCGCCAGGAGGGAUCCUCUCACGCCUCCGCCUACUCCUCCACCGCCGUGGCAUCGGCGGCGCCGGCGAUGCCGCCCUCCCGGGCGGCUCGGAUCUCGAGGCGGCCAGGAAGCUCGACGGUCGCGCGUCCCCCGAGAUACCUGUUUACGCCAAAGGUGUGUCGGUCCUGAUGCCAGGACACAAUGUGCCAACUUUCAUCGCACAUCCUGCACCAGCGCCCUGCCCCCCUGAGAGGAUCCAGUGGCCCUCGCAUCAGCCCACUCCUUUCGCUGGCUCCUCAUCAAAUCCAAGCUAGCGUUGCAAUGCUGAACACCACCCCGCCAUUCGAUGGGAAACCCGCAAAAUUGCUGUCUGAAUCACCGGAAAAUGGAAUUCCUUCCGUUCCUCCCCUGGCUGUACCUCCUGCUCUCCGGCGGAAUUCAGGAGCACAACAGUUUAAAGAAAGGUUCUUCUUAUAUGUACAGUUCUUGGAUCUUCGUUCUGAAGCAAGUUUCUGCUGCCCCUGCCGUAUUGUGGGCGGGCGAGCGGCUGGUGGUGGAUCCAUGGAGUUUGCUGCCGAUACCACUUGCUCUGCUGCUAGUGUUAGAUUGCCUUUGUUUUCACUGUCGAUGCUACUGCUUUCUUUGUCUAGAUUCCCCGAUUGAGGGAAUGAAUGAAGGAAGGAUGGGAUACACAUCUUGUAGAAACUCUGUCGGAGAAUGUGAAGGUAGCUGUUACCAUGUCAUCUCCUUGUUCUUCCUGGUUGCGCCCAUGUUCCUGCCUGCCAGUGACCUGUGACGCUGAAAAAAACAGGCUUAAAUCAGAGCUUGUUUAGUGCGAGAAAAUUUUUAGGUCGGAUGUCACGUGAUGUUAGAAGACUAUUUCGAUAACUA